CAAUCUGGGACCGACAGCCAGCUUUUUGGGAGCGGAAAAAAAAAAAAAAAAAAAAAAAAACCCUCCCCGGUAUGUUUUAAUGGAAUGGGUGUAAAUUGACUGAUACUGGUCCUUGGAGGAAGGCGGCAUGAGAAGGGAUAGAUUUGAUUUUUGUGCCUGACGGCUGAGAAUCUGACAAGGAAACUAGUUCCAACUUUGGAGGCAAGUUGUGUUUCUUUCCUCCGGUCCAGAGAGAAAGAGCAGAGGCACUGAGGGGGAUCGGAAUUUACCGGUGACACAAGUUUGAAGGGAAAACAGGAAAAAAAAGAGAAAGAACAUCCACUCGUACAUGGAGCAGCGAAAUGUUCUUUGCAAAGUCCAUUUCAUUUUAAUCACAUGUUGAGGAGAGUUUGCUGACAAGAAUAAAGCACAACGUCGAUGAAAAGGCUGUUUCUUACUGAAAGAGACAAUUUUCUGUUUUCUUUUCUUUCUUUUUUUUAACCUUGAAGAAUAGCUCCAGCCAUGGCGAAAAAGUAUGAUUUUCUUUUCAAACUAUUACUCAUCGGAGACAGUGGAGUGGGCAAAACAUGUCUGAUCAUUCGUUUUGCUGAGGACAACUUCAACUCCACAUACAUAUCAACCAUCGGCAUCGACUUUAAAGUAAAGACCAUUGAGGUCGAUGGGAAAAAAGUGAAACUGCAAGUCUGGGACACGGCAGGGCAGGAGAGGUUUAAGACCAUCACCACAGCGUACUACAGAGGAGCCAUGGGCAUCAUCCUGGUGUAUGACAUCACAGAUGAGAAAUCGUUUGAAAACAUCCAGAACUGGAUGAAGAGCAUCAAAGAGAAUGCCUCAGCUGGUGUCAGUCGGAUGUUGCUCGGUAAUAAGUGUGACAUCGAGGCAAAGAGGAAAGUUUCAAAGGAGACCGGGGAGAAGCUGGCAAAAGAUCAUGGGAUCCGGUUCUUUGAGACCAGUGCAAAGUCCAGCAUCAACGUCGAAGAGUCUUUUAUGGCUCUGGCACGAGACAUACUACAGAAGUCCAACAAGAAACCGGGCCCCACAGGUCGAGAGGUGAAGAUCACCAGCAGCACAGAGAAGAAAUCCUCCAAAUGUGUUCUUCUCUAGAUCUGCAGCUAAUCUAAGAACGCAUCAGUAUUACAGGGGGAACGGAGGAAUUUACAAGUCCUCUGUCUCCAUCUGGUGGGCUCAAAUAUCACACAAAUACAGGUGCCAAAAGUGUGUUUUUAUGCCAAACUACUCCAUAUAUGUUUUGUACUCUAGACAGACAACUAACUUUCAGAUUUCUCCUUUGUUUGCUAUGAAACAACACUGAGUUCAUCCUUGGGCAUUUUGCAAUGGAGCAUUCAUUUGUGCGUUUGAACACUGCCUUCAUUUAAUCUAGAAAGUAUUUUGUGCCGCAUCUCCUGUGAGGGUGCUAGCGUGAUAAUGUGGUGAUGUGUUACACAGCUCAGCACACAACACCGGUACAGCGUUUCACAUAUCAGUCUCCAUCAUGGCAUCAGGAGUUUUGUUCAGCUACAUGUUACGCUCUGUGAUUCUCCAGCUCAUCGCCACAUUAUCAGCACCAGAGGAGUUCUGUACAGUGUCUGAUGUAAAGACCAGUGUGUGCCUUUUGUAUGUUUAUUUGUUUUCAAUCUUUAUUUCAUCAGCAGACUGGAUAGCACCAACAGCUCAGAGGCAGUGAGGAGUAGUUUGAUGUACACCAGGGAUACUCAUGUAAUUCAGGCCAGGGGCCAGUUUUGGAAAAUGAAAAGGCACCAGGGGCCGCUGGGUAAAAUGAGCCAUUAUUGACUUCUUUCCUUUUCAAAAUGCAUUAUUGAAUCCAAAAGUUUUCCACUCUUAUUCAAAUCAAAUUCAGUUUGUCAUGUUUUGAGUACUACAGGUCCAGGAGAUAUUUUACAACAUAUUUAUUCCAUGGGGCAUGUCACUGAUCCUGCUACAUGGACAGAAAUAUGACUGAUGAUGAUGAUUGUGAUGAUGAUGAUUAAUGACAUAUAGUGUCAAUAACAUCGGUUUCAGUGAUCUCAUACGAUAACUCCAUAAAGUAUUCACAUUUGCUCUCAGUGACCCAUAAUCAAACAUUUUCAUUAGCAUUGCCCUUUCACUUUUGACUGCUCAAUUUUUUAAAUCAAUUGAUUUUGUAUCAUGUUACAUCAACACUGAGGCCAAACAGACAUUCCAUCCCUGCUGUGCCAUUUGAGCCACAGGGGCACAUUUUGUUUCCCCACAUUUUUUUAGUGGCAAAAUCUGAUGCCACAUGGAAAUCUUUCGAGAGCAUAUGAAGCGUAUUAGUGUAUGAAGCUUUAAAUGUGGAGAAAAUUAAUAAUUUUGAAAUUAUUGUUGUGUUUGUGCAACCGUUUCCUCAUUCUUUGGCUGCCAACAGGAGAGGUGUAUGACUGCACACAGUAUCAUUGUACAUUUAGCAGUAUCAGUGCAAUAGAUGCCAAUCAAUAUGGAAUCUCUUGAGUUUUAAAUGAGAAUUAUCCACAUCCUACGACAAACUGAAAGCAUAAGUUCUUCCUCCUAUAAUGAAUCAAGCUAUUUGUUGCAGGCUGUGUGGUUUAAUAGCUUAAACUAACACUGGUGGUAAACAAGCCGUUUCCAUGUAUGAAGGGGUUGAGAAUGUAGAAGAGAGGCAUAGAGAUAAGUGCAAUAUGAGACGAUGAGUGGAGAGAUGAAAGAAUGAUGGAUGAAGCAAGGGAAUAGAGAGGAUGAGAGAGGCUGGGAUGAAGCGAUGCUCCUGUGUCACUCAUUUUGAAUUGAUUCAGUCAGACUUGCCUUUUAUCUAAAGUGCUUGCUAAAUCUCUUUCCAAACACCCUAGCCAUGUCAGAUGUGAGGUGUUCCCUACUCCAAGAUUGCUCAGAUCAUUUCAAAUUAUGUCUUCUUCUUUCAGUUUUCCCCCUGCACAGUUAUUUCCGCCUUCCCAUUCCUCUUUUACACUUGUUAAACAUCCUCUGUCUAUUCAGUUGUCACAGGACUUUGUAUUUAGUUUACACACCUGCUGCUUACUGAAUAAAA